AUGUGCAAUUUUUAAAUAUAGCUAAAAAACUAAUCAGUUGAAGAAUAUGAUGGUCAAAACAUUAGAAUGAAACUAUUUCAAAGAGAAAAAUUAUUUGAUAUUAGUAAUGAACUCUAUUACUUACCUAAAUUUUUGGAUACAUCAUAUUAAUUAAGGGGAGGAGGAUGUGCUAUAUAAAAAACUACAAAUACAAUAUAGUUUAAAGCAAAAAAUGCUAUAAUUCCCUUAAACUUUGCCGCCAAUUUAGAAAGGUUUACAAUUAUGAUUGUUGAAAAGUCCAAUCUGUAUUAAGAUAAAAUAUAUCAAGAUGAAAUACUUAUAGCAUUCCAAUGGUUUUUCAAUCAUAAAGAAUAUUUCUAAGUGUUGUGUAAUGAUCAAUUACUCAAUUCUAUAAAUUAUGAAUUAAUAGAGAAAUCUGUUGAAAGAUUAAUUAAACAGCUUCCUGUUUACGUUAAACUAUCAGGGUUUCUGCUUCAUUCUUUAUUACAAAUUAUCAAUGAUUUACUUAGAGUAAUAUUCUCAAGUUAAUUAAAAAAUGAAGAUAGAUACAUUUAAUUUGAAUUGUAAUAAUCAUUAUUAAAUACAAUUUCUGAAACUGAAGAAUAAAUUAAAGUUGAAUCCUCUAAAAUAUGGAUAACAGGUGUAGAUUUUGAGCUUUAAAUUAUAAAAACUUGUAUCACCCACCUUCGAACUAAUUCUGAGAUAGGAUAAGAACUAUUGUUGUCCUUCUUAUGUCAAGUGGCAAAUUCUGUUACAUAAUUAUCACCAACAAGUGAAUUAAUUGACACAAUCAUUGAGGGUGGUAAAUAUUUGUUAAUGAACUUUUAUAACAAAUAAAUAUAACAUCCUCUAGAAAAAUAUGAGAUUUAUUAUUUUUUUGAGAAUCUAAAAUGGUCACUUAUAAAUCAAUUAAAACAAAGUAAUUCGAUUACAACAACAAUAAUUCAUUUGUAAAAGGGAUAUUGCAAAUAUAUAUAAUAAUCAAAAGAUUGGAUGAUUCAUUUUUGUUGGAUUAACUUAUUGUCUGAUAUCAUAUCAUAUAGACCUAUUCUUAGCAAAUCUGAAAUAUUGGAGCUUUAAAAUUAAAAACAAAUUGAUUAAAAAUAAUUUUUUCCAGAGUCAUAAUUUGUUCAAGUAGUAUAUGAUAAGACUUUGUUUAAGAUCAAACUAUUACCUGAUGAUAAAUCAAAUUUCUAAAAUCUGUUUGAAGAAUUAAAAUUGUUUUAAGAGUAUUCAUUAGAGAAACAAGAAAAAAUAUAAUUGUUACCUAAUUAUUUAAAUUUUAAAUUCGAUAACAAUAAUGAUGGAUCAAUCAACGAUGAAGAUUUAAACAUUCAGAUUUUAACAAAGGAAUCAAAUCUUGAAAUUCUUAAGCCAUUAAACAAUAUAUUAUUAUAAUCCAGAGAUGCACUAAUACAAAAUUUUAACUAAAUUGAUAUUCAACUUAAACGAUUGAAAAGUAUUCCUACAAUAUAAGACAUUGAAAAAUAAGAAGUAAAGGAAAAUAUUGCUUUAAUAAUUAAAUAAUUAAAAUAAGAGAGUUAAUUGUUUAUAUUUACUUUAAGCUAAAUUCAACUUUUAGUAAUUAGAGAAAUUGAAAUUCAUAAAGUUUUUCUUUAGAUUUUAGAAAAAGAAGAUAACAAUCUGAGUUAAAAUGUAAAACCACUCAAGCAAUAACUUUUACAGACAAUAAAAGAUUCAGAAUAAAAUUUUAAAUCUUAAUUUACACCUAACAUCAAAAAUAUUGUUAAUUUUUGGGUGGUACAUUGCUAGUUAAUUGCAAUUUACCAAAGUCAAUAUUUAUUUUCAGAAAAUAAGGAACUUGAGUCUUUAAAAUAAGAUGAUGGAUAAUCAAUUUCAAAUCAAUUCCAUUCAACAAUUUUAAACCUUCAUAAUUUUCUAAGAUAUUUUAUUGGUUAAAUUACUAAAUCUAAAAAGAUCUUUAAAUAAAUUUAUGAAAAAACAACAGUAAAGUAAUACUUUCAAAACGCUCUUUCUUAAAAAUAAAUAACAGAAAUAGUUAUUUAGUUAUAUAAUCCAAAUUUAAUUUUAUAACUUAAUAAUGAGUUUUAAGAUAGCUAUAAGAAAUUCUUUGAAUCAAAAUGGAAAUUAGAGACUGAAUAAGACUUAAAAGUAUCUUUUAUUGGGUGUUAUUUUAUUCAAAUGAACUUCAAAAUCAUAAAAAGACUUCUUCUAUUUCAUAAAUAAAACCUGGCUUAUUUGACAUUACAGAAAAAUCAUUCUAGAUUUGUUUCAAAACUAUAAUCUAAUAAUUUUGGAUCUAAUUCUCUAAAUUAACCAAUUAUAGAAAGUUUAAUAAUAGAAAAAAGAUCAUUAAUUUAAAAACAUUUUGAUAAAUACAAUGAUAAAGAAUUGACGGACUAGGAAGCAAAUGAUUUAAGUUAGUUGUAAAAAUAAGUGGCAUAGAGUAUUAAAGAAAUUAAAUUCAAGAAAUGGCCAUCAUAAUUGUCAACAAUUUUAAUCAUUUUCUUCUAAGAAAUUUUGACUAAAUUAUAAAUGUUAGAAUUAAAUUAUAAAUAUAAAAAUACCAUUAAAGAAGAAAUAUUCAAAUUAAUUGAAAUUCAACUUACAAAACAAUAUGAAUAGGAUUUAUCUGUAAAAUAAAUUUAAGUUAUUGAUAAGGAGGAAUAAAAUGAGCAGGAAAUGAUUCCAUAGCUAUUUAAUUGCGAUAUAGUAAUUCAAAAAAUAAGCCUUUUGAUUGCAAAAUCAACAAAGGUUCUAAAAAUAAUUUAGUAAAAAUAUAUUAAUUUUUGCUUAUCAUAAUCAAUCCCAAACAACAGUAUUUUAUAAAAUACUUGGGAAAGUUUUAAAUUAAACUUAAAUGAAGCUUUUAAGGAAAUAGAAGAAAUGAAUAAGAAUUGUGGUUUGAUGCUUAGUAAUAAUGAUUAGAUAGUUUUCUUUUAAUCUUUUAUUGAAAGACUAUCUAAGACAUAAAAUUUUGAUUAAAUAAACGCAAAUAUCUUCCUUUUUAAUACACAAACCUUUUUAGAUUAAAUAAACUCUAACAUGGAAUAAGAAAUCAUGAAUGAUAAGAAACUCUCUUUUUUGCUUUCAGAAUUAAAAACAGAUCUUAUCUCAAAAUAAGGAGGAGGAAUAUAAGAUUUAUUUGAAGAUUCUUCAUAUAAAGUUAGGGAGUCAUUAGCCUACAAUUUAAUCAAAAUUUAAUCGAUAGUUUUUGAAACACCGAUAUAAGAAUUUUGUUCGAAAUUGCUUAAAGAUCUUUGGAUAUUUGAAAAUCAUGAUAGUGUGAGAAAUAUACUUAAGAAUGAAGAGAUGGUAAAAAUGCAAAAAAGAUUAUUUUCAUAGGAUUUGACUACUUUCUCAAAUAGUUUGAAAGUUGAAAUGUAAACAAGAUUAAAGAGCAUAGAGUAAUUAGAAACUCUUGUGUUAAUUGGAGAUAAUCAAACAGAAAUGAAAAAAUAACUAUAAUAAGCUUAUGAUGAUUUUGAAACAUAUUUGGACAACAUUACUGACAUGUCUUAAAGAUUAGAUAUUAGUUUAGUAUUUUUAAAAGAAAUCACAAAGGAUUUAAAAAACAUCAAAAUUUCAAUAGAAUAAGUGCUGCAGAGCGUUAAGGGAUUAGAAGAUGAUAUUAGGAAGUUAAGAGGAAAAGAUUUUAUGGAACUACUUUAAAUUAGGAAAGAUAAAAUAUUAAAACAAAUGCUUGAAAAAGAAUUGGAUUAAGUACAUAUUUAAAUUAAUACAUAAGAAUAUGAUCCUGUGUCAGGAAGUAAAAAAAAAAGUAUAAAAGGAAAGAUAUCUUAUCUCUUGAAAUCUUAACAAAAUGAUUUUGAUGGAGAAAUCAAUGAAUUUUUAUGGAGUGAUAAAGAUAAAAUCAAAGAUGUUCUGCUUUUAAGAGGAAAAGCAGGUUCUGGUAAAAGUAGAGCAUCUAGCAAUAUAGAAGAGUUGUUAUGGAUCCAUGAUAAGAUAUAGCCAUGUUGGAUACCUAUUUUUGUAUCGCUUCCUUCAUUAAAAGAUCCAAGACAUAAUCUAAUUGAAUAAGCUUUAGAAUCUGAAAAUUAUAAUUUUGAUAACAUUCAAAUUCGAGAUUUUAAAGAAGCUAUUAGCAAUGGUAAGCUUAAGGUCCUCUUUAUUCUUGAGAGCUACGAUGAAAUAAAAACUGAUUUUAUUGGUUCUAAUAUUUACUAAACGAAUAGAUUUGCUUAAGAUCUAAAUCUUCAAGUCCCUGGUUAAAGUGUUAAAGUUAUUGUAACAACAAGAGAAGAAAUAUUAAUAUCCAUUGGAUAUCAAACUUGGUUUUAUGGUUAAAGUAUUAAUACCCUUAAAGAAGUAGAACUGCUUCCAUUUAACCCUGAAUAAAGUGAGGAGUAUAUCUAAAAAUAUAUAAAAAUAAGUGUAAAAAGGACAAUUAAAAGAUUUUAUGAAUUCUUAAAGUAGUUGAAAGGGCAAACAUUUAUAUUAAAUGAAUUUAAAUAAAUAUGGUCAAAUUUGGAAGAUAUUAUAGAUAUGAUCAUUAUUUAAAAAUAAAUCGAUGAUGUUUUAUUUUCAUCAUAUGAUGCAGAAAAACUAGUGAAGAAACUUUAAUCAUUAGAUUUUUUUAAUUUUAUUAAAACAGAAUAAAUGUUAUCUUUAAAGAAAGAAUUACUUUAAUUAUGGAGUGAACCAAAAUUUUCUUAGGUAAUAAAAAAUGUAAACAUUGAACAUUUAUUAUGUACUCCUUUCAUGAUGGAAAUAAUUGUUUAUGUAUUACCAAAAAUGUCAUAAUAAUUUUCAUAAGCUACCUACAUUAGAGAUGUGGUAACUAAAAACUAUUUGAUUUUGAAAAGACAAGCUAAUUACUCUAAAUAAUUAAUCACUUAAUUACAAAAUAAUGAAGAAAUUUAAUAAUAAAAAUAAGAAAUAAAUGAAAAAAAGAUAAUAUCCUAAAAAUAGAAUUAAGAUUAAAAAAAGGCUGAUAAAGCGAUAUUGGAAUAAUUCCAUUUCAUCAUGGAAGAAUUAGAUAAUUAAAACUUUUUUGAAUCCUUUUCAAUUACAAAUUAACUUGAAUACAUCAACAAUAGUUGUAUUGGAUCAAGUAAAAAUUUUUAUGUAAAAUUUGAUGCAAAUUUUAUUGUUUCUGCAUUUAAAUUAAAUCAACUUAAUGCUUUUGAUUUCUAUGAAACAUUUGUUGAUUAUUAUUCUAAUUAACAAAUAGAAAAAUAGAAAGAUUUAGGAAAGGUUACUAAUUCUGAGAGCUUUUAUAUUGAUUUGCAAGACUUUUCUUUAUACUUAGCUAUAGAUAUGUCGAUGAGAUAAAUUACAUAAGUAAAUUAUAAACAAAAAGGUAAAUUAUAAAUAUAAAAUGUGCAUGAAGAUAGAAAUGAUUAAAAAUCUUGGGAUGAUUUAUAUUUUGAUUAAAUCUUAGACAAUCCUGAAUAUAAAAGUUAAUUAAGGAAAUGUAUGCUUAUUACUGCAAAAGGUAAUUUGUAUGCUUUUAAUCAUAAAUCUAUUUAAGAUUAUUUUGUUGCUAAAUAUAUUUAAAAAUUAUAUUCAUCAAUAUUUGAUUCAAAUUAAGUUAUUGAUAUAAAAUCUUUAGAAAAGAGUAUUUACAAUAAUUAAUUAUUUAAUUUGUCAUAAGAACAUUAUUUUGUUGCAUUAGAAUUGUUAAAACCUAAAUUGAUGUUAGUAGAUGAUAUAAAAAAUAAGUUAAUUACAAUAACUAAAUUAUCUAAAACAGAUUCAUAAAUUAAAGUGAUUAGAUCAGCAUCUAAUUCAAUCUAUUUACUUAGCUAUAUGGGAGAACAUUUAGAGAAUAUUGAUUUCAAACAUAUUUCUAUUUAAAAUACUAAAAUUAAUGAACUCACAUUUUUUGCAUGUGAUUUAAGUUAUUCAUUAUUUGACAAUGUUUCUAUUGAUUAAUGUAACUUUAAUUGUUCAAUUAUGAAAAAUGUCACUUGGAAAAAUUUGAUUUGCAGAGAAAAAAGAAUUUUGGAUGAUCAUAACAAAAAAGUAAUUUCUAUUAAUUUUACUGAAGAUGGAUCAUCAAUAAUAUCGGUUAGUAGGGAAGGAUUAAUAAAGAAAUGGUUAAUUUAUAGUAAUGAGGAUCCAAAAUCUUUAAAUUUAAAUGAUGAAGUGACUAAGACCUCUUAUUCUAAGAUUAAUGAUGUUCUAAUUUGUUUAACUACACAUAAUAUAUUGACUAUAAAUUGUUAAUAAUUGAUAUAGGAUAAGAUGAUUUAACUACCUAAUUAUUAAUACUAUGAUAUUUGUUUAUAAUAAGAUAUGCAAUAUUUGGCAGCAAAUGUAUAAAUAAGAAAUAAAAUAUAUUUAUGGUAAAUUAAGGAUAUUUAAUAACAAAAGGAUAUACAACCUAUAAUUUCUUAAUCAAAAAAUAAUAUAUCUAUAUCAUGUUUAGCUGUCACAAAGGAUUUUAAGUUUAUAGCAACAGGAGACAAAGAAAUCAUAAUAUGGAUGGGUGACUAUGGUAAAAAAUAUUAGGAAAUAGUUAAAGUAUUCGAAAAUUCUGAUAAAAAGACUUAAUCACUCUUAUUUUCUUAAGAUGAAUAAAUUUUAAUUUCUGGAGGAGAAGAUUGCAAAAUAAGAUUUUGGAAUAUCAAAAAUAAUCAAAAAAUACAACUAUAAUUCUAAUUGGAUACACUUAGUCCUAUAAAUUCUUUAUCUUAUUAAGUUGAAGGUAGAUUUCUGACAGUUAGGACAGAUCAUGAGAUAAAAUUAUAUGAUGCUCAAAACCCUAUGUUAACAUAAUCCUUUUUUAGAUAAGAAAUAGAUUUCGAUUAUAAAGUAUUUCAAAUAUCUCCAAAUAGUAAAACUUUGGCAAUUUCAACAACUGAAAAAUAAAAUAGAUCAAUAAUAUUAAUUUGGGAUAUUUCAGAUUAUUCAAAUAUGAAAUAGUUAUCAUCUUUUAUAAAUAAUGUUAUUGAUGAAGAUAAAGUAAUAUAAUUGCAAUUUUCUUCAGACGGGUAGAUUUUAUUUUCAAUUACAAUGAAUUCUGUCUAUAUUUGGAAUUUAAAAUUAAAUAAAUUAAUCUCAAAAUUAUAAAAUCAAUUUAAAAACAUCUAGAAUUUCUCAUUAUCAACUGAUUAAUUGAUGUUUUCUAUAUGUAGUAAUGAUAUGAAACUGACAUUAUGGAAUAUAUAAAAAUUAGAAUAGCCAUAAAAUAUUGCAACAUUAAGUCUCCAACAUGAAGGUUGUUAUGCAUAUUUCUGUCCAAAUGAAUAAUUGUUGAUUUCAUUUUCUAAAAAAUCAAAACCUUCAGGUAUUGUAUUUUGGGAUUCAAAAUAAUAUAAAUUGAUAUCUACUGAAAUAUAAGAUGAAAUUAUUAGAGAUGUAACUUUUAAUUAAGAGGGCACAAUAAUGAUAUCUUUCAGUAAUUCAAUUAGAAUUUGGAAAAAGAACUAAUCUUAAUUUUAGAUUUAAGCAAGGUAUAAAUACUACUGUGAUAAAAUAACUUAAAGUUAUAUGAUUAAUAAUUAGCAAAUAAUUGUUUUAAAAGAUAAUAUGCUGAUUGAAUUAACUCUGUCUAAUGAUAACAAAGUUGAUGAUCAUCUUUUUUAGUAUUAAGAAAGAGUUACAAAUUUUGAUUUUGCUAAUAAUGGAAAAUUUCUUAUUAUUAAUGGAAGCAAAAAAAAUGGAUUAUUAUUAUUUUUAAUUGAUUAAUAAUAAUAAUCUUUAUAAUAUAAAAAUGGUUUCAAUAGUUGUAAUGAUUUUUCAAUUACUUAAGACUUUUCUAUUAUUGCUAUAGCAAAUGGAGAAGGAACAGAUAUUUAAUAUUUGAAAACGAAAUAAUUGAUUUGUUAUUUAGAAGAGAAAAUAAAAUGUACAUGUGUUUGUUUUUAUCAAUAAAAAGGAAAUAAUUUCUUAAUAAUUGGAUCAUAAAAAGAUUAAGGUUAACUAAAUCUAUAUGAUACAAAUAAUAUUGCUGCAAUAAAAAAAAUUGUAUCUAUUUCUUUAUUUUGUUGUCCCCAUAAAAUAUAAUAUUUAGAAAAAUAAUAAUAAGUAAUCAUUCUUUAUAAUCAUAUUCUUACACUUCAUAACACUGAUAAUUUAGGAUAGACUAAAAUUAUUUUAAUAAAGAGUGGGUAAAAUAUUUCCAAAAAUUUCCUAUUAAAUUAAGACUAAUCUACUAUUGGAGUAGGAAUAGAUAAUGAAAUAUGUUUUUAUCCUUUAUCUAAUUUAAUUGAUACUGAAUCAAUAGCAACUUUUGAUACAACAAAUAUUGUAUAUUUUGGUUUCUCAAAAUAUAGUCAAACUCUAGAUAUAUUUAAGGAAAGCUCAAUUUUUAUUAAAUGGGAUUUGACUUCAAGUAAAAUAAUUUAGAAAGUAGACUUAAAAAUAAAGAAAUUAUCUUAAAUAACAAUAAAUGAACAGGAAACUCAAUUUAUUGCAAUUAACCUUAAUGAAAAUCAAUAAUAGAAAUUGAUUGCAAUAGAUUGGAAGUCUAUGAAAUAAAUUUAAACUGUUGAGGAAUUGACAUAAGAAAAAGGAAUUUGCCGAGUUGUUGUUUACACUUCAGAUGGAUCUAGUUUUGUUACUGGAUAUUCAAAUAGAACAUUUAAAUUUUGGGACACCAAAUCUUGUAAACCUUUACAAAUGUUCAAUAGUUACACUUCUAGUAUAGAUUUAAUAUAAAUAUCAAAUAGAGGUAUAAUGGCCUAGACUACCGAUAACAAGAUUAAAUUAUGGAAUAUAAUUGCCUUGAAUCAAUAACAAUCUUAAUAAACAGGCCAUUUAGAUUAAAUUAAUCGUCUAAUAGUUUCUCCAGAUGGAUUAUCAUUAGUAUCUGGUUCAUAAUCAUAAAUAAUAAGAUGGAAUUUAAUAGAAAUGAAAAAGAUAGAUAUACUACUAGAAGGAGAAGAACUUCCAUCCUAUUUUUCCUUUUCACCUGAUGGGUAAUAUUUAGCAGCCUUUGAAAAAGGAAAUUGGAUUAAAGUAUGGAAAAUAACAUCUCUAAAUAUUAUUGAACAUUGUUUUCGAUUGCUUUUCUCUAUUCAUACAGAAAAUUUUCAAUUCAAUAAUUAAAACAAUCAACUAAUAUCAAAAACUAAAGAUAAAUAAAUUUUGAUUUGGGAUUUAGAGAAUGCUUACCUUUGUAAAAAGUUACCAAAUUCUAUUGUUAAACCUGAAGAAUCCUUCACAAUAAUUUCUUCAGAUUCUAAAUUAAUUGUAACAUCAAAACCACUCAAAAUUAUAUAUCCUGAAGAAUAGAUGUUAUUUAUAAGUGAUAAACUUGUCAUUGGUGCGAUAGCAAUAUCUCAUGAUUCAAAAUUAAUAGGAAUUGAAGAUUUUAAUAAAUCAAUCACUAUAUGGUCAGUCUAAAGUAAGAAACCAUUGCAUAUAUUUAAUUUUGCAAAUUCAAAAAGUUCUCAAAUUUUAGCAAUUGCUUUUUCUAAAAAUAAUAAAAAAUUACUUUCUACACACAUGGAUGAAAUUGUUAGAUUAUGGAAUGUUGUUGAUGGAGAGUAUUCAUUACUUUAAGAAGUAUAAGUCUUUUAAUUUAAGCAGUUUGGAAGUGUUUAAAUCUUUCCAGUAGAUGAAGAUAACUUUUUAACACUCUGGGCAGAACAUUGGGGUUAUGAUAUUUUUACAGAAUGUUUACUUAGUUAUUAUUAUUGGUAGAAUCCCUAAAGAAAAGAUAUAGAUAUUUCUUCAAAUCAUAAUUAUUUAAAUUUUACUGCUGACUAUUCAGAAUAGAAAAAAUUGUUUGCUAUAUAAUUUUAAAUAUGGCUACAUUUAUAUGAUAUUAAUACUAAUUAAAUUGUUGCUAUUUUAGAGGGAAAUUAAUUGUAAAAAUAAAAUUUGUCAACAAUUGUUUCUUUUUCUUAUGAUGGAACAUAACUCAUUACAAAAGGAGCUAAUCAUAUAUUAAGAUUAUGGGAUAUAUCAGACAUCAAUAACAUUAAAUUAAAGAUCAAUUUUAAAUCACUCAUAGAAGUUAAAGCAGUCCAUUUCUUAAAGGAUGGAGAAACUAUUAGAAUAAUUGGAAAAGAUGAUACAAUUAAUCAUCAUACCAUAUAAUAGUUUACUUAAAUAUGUCGAAUCUCCAAAUAAUAAUAAUUUGAAUUUUUGGAUACCUAAAUUAAAUAAUGUAAGUAAUUUAAAGUGGAUAUUAAAGAUUUAGAAUUUAGUAUAGUAGAUGUAGUAAAAAAUGAAUCAAAAUAAAAAGUCAAUUACGUUAAUUCAAAGAUAUCAAAUUUUACAUUUACACCUUCUGGUUAACAAUUUAUUUUAGGUUUAGAAGAUGGAUCUAUACACAUAUAUUGUGUUAGUAAAUAGAUAUUAGAUGAAUAUCAAAGACCUGUUUGUUAGAAAAUUUUUGCUAGAAGUACUUAAUUACAAGCAGACUUUUGUCAAAUAGGGAUGUCUAUUUUUUAAACUAAAGAGAAUGAGAACCUUUAAAAAUUAUUUAUUGAGAAAGGUGCAAUAAUCUGA